UGUAAAACAAGCUAGGGUUUCUACGGUUUAUCAUCUCGCGCGCAAGAGAGAAAGGGCGUCUCCUAGGGUUUUUCCGCCACUCCCAUCGGAUCCCUGCAAAGAUGACUAAGCGCACCAAGAAGGCAGGAAUUGUUGGGAAGUAUGGCACCCGAUAUGGUGCGAGUCUUAGGAAACAGAUCAAGAAAAUGGAGGUGAGCCAACAUGCAAAAUACUUCUGCGAGUUCUGUGGCAAGUAUGCUGUGAAGAGGAAAGCUGUUGGGAUUUGGGGAUGCAAGGACUGCGGCAAAGUCAAAGCUGGAGGUGCUUACACUCUGAACACUGCAAGUGCUGUCACGGUAAGGAGUACCAUCAGGAGGCUCAGGGAGCAGACUGAGAGUUAAACUUGGAUCGUUCCUUGUCGAUCAGUUUCGUUUUUCAUUUUUAUGACUUUCAUUAGAGACUCCGAACCUGAUUUUGUUUGUUGCUGCGCUUCACUUUAUCCUUUUGUUGACCUUUUAUGCUCCUAAUCAAAACUAUUAAUUUAUCUUCUCAAGGCCUAUAAAUGCAUUAUCAUUC